AUGGUAGCACAACCAUUCCAACCUGCCCAUACGUAUAUCCCAACGGCCAAGGCAACUGUUUUAAGCCGCCCGGAGGACAUUCAGGCCGUCUUCCGUGACUCGAAUACGCAUCUGAAGGGUGUCAACAUGAACUCCGGAUGGGUAGUUGGGGAGCUUCUCGGUAAAUGCCUUGGGUUGCUUAAUCAAAAUGAUUGGACCCGUGCGAAAGCAGCUGUGGUCGAGCCUUUCCAACAGCACACAGCUCCCAGCUACAUCAAAUUAAUUGACUUGCGAGUCAAGAGAUACAUGCAGAAAAUCGAAAGUGAGAAGUGUCAAGGAGACAGCAUGAUACUUGAACCUGCGGAAAAUCUCAUGUUCCUCCCGUUUUGGAUCCUCGGCGAUAUCCUGUAUGGAGAGCUUGAUGAGCGGAUGGAGCGACAGCUGGACAAGCUGCAAAAACUGCGACAUGAGCUGUGGAAAGAUGGCAUCGCUGGUGGGUUGGCUCGGUAUUCAAUCGGGCGUUUUGUCCCAGGAGCGAGACUCAGAACCCUCAAUAUGUUCAAGCCUAUGUGGAAUGACUUCAAUGACCAGGCAUAUGAGCGAGCGAGAACAUUGGUACUACCAGAUCCGCCACCCAUUGUAAAGAUGUAUAGUGAAAUUGAGGCUGGUCGGAUAUCCAAACUGGAAUUCCUCCAUACGAUGGACGAGAUCCUGUUUGCGAACUUGGAUGUCACGAUUGGCAAUCUCUCCUGGAAUCCUGUUUUUCUGGCGGCAUAUCCGAGCGUGCAGGAAGAGAUCCGCCAAGAGAUAAGACGCGCGCGCGAAGACCGGGGUGACGAUGGGUGGAAAGCGUACCUUGCAGGGACUUCCACUAUGCUGAUGGCAUCUAUCCUUGAGACUGCUCGACUCAAGCCAAUGGCCUCAUUUUCAAUACCACAAGCUGCUCCGACGCAACGUGUUGUGGGAGACUACAUCAUUCCUGCGGGUACCCAGUUUGUGGUCGAUUCUCAUGGCCUCAAUAUUGGCGACGCAAACUGGGGUGCACAUCGAGGGCAGUAUCAACCCCAGCACUUCCUGGAUCAAAAUGCAGUCAACCGGCGUUAUCGCUUCUGGCGAUAUGGCUUUGGACCUCGUCAAUGUCUCGGCAAACAUGUAGCUGACAUCAUACUGAAGACAAUUGUGGCGUAUCUGAUCGAAAACUACCAGCUGACCCCCCUGGGUAAAGAGGGCCAUGACCUGGAAGACUGGGAGAAAAUGCCAGAAACAUGGAUCAGUCUGGCUAUUCAACCCAUUAUAUGUACAAGGCUUUCGUGA